UUCAUUGCAUCCGCACCGUCCGUUCCUCCCGAUAUCCGCUUGUAUUAUUUCUAGUUUAACAGAUGAAUCGGAAGCACAAAUUGCGCUCCGUGCCAACGCCCGUUUUCACAGGAGCUAAGCUAGUGCUAGCCAGUGCUCAUUCCGAAGGCCGAAGGCCGCAGAAUUCUCGGCCACCCAAAGACAAGGAAGCGAGAUGCAGACCAUCAAAUGUGUGGUGGUGGGCGAUGGCGCAGUGGGAAAAACCUGUCUACUGAUUUCAUACACCACCAACAAAUUCCCCUCUGAAUACGUACCAACAGUGUUUGACAACUAUGCAGUAACGGUUAUGAUUGGCGGUGAACCGUACACCCUGGGUUUAUUUGAUACAGCAGGCCAGGAAGAUUACGACAGGUUACGACCGCUAAGCUACCCGCAGACGGACGUCUUCUUAGUCUGCUUCUCAGUUGUUUCUCCUUCGUCGUUUGAAAAUGUGAAAGAAAAGUGGGUCCCGGAAAUCACCCACCACUGUCCCAAGACCCCGUUCUUGUUGGUGGGCACUCAAAUCGACCUGCGCGACGACCCCUCCACCGUGGAGAAGCUCGCCAAGAACAAGCAGAAGCCGAUCACCCCGGAGACGGCCGAGAAGUUGGCCCGCGACCUCAAGGCGGUCAAGUACGUGGAGUGCUCCGCCCUCACCCAGAAAGGAUUAAAGAAUGUGUUUGAUGAGGCAAUACUGGCCGCCCUGGAGCCCCCCGAGCCUAAGAAAAGGCGUAAAUGUCUCCUGCUCUAAGUUUGACUUCAGCCUUCUUCCACGUUAGCCGUGCGCAGGCCACCGCAAGUUGAAAGGUCAGGAAAUAUUUGCCUCCUGGCUGAAUCGACCCAAAAGCGUGAGCGCGAUUCACGAUUGAUGCCGUUUGUGCUGACUUCGUAUUAAAAAAAAAAAAAAUGGCUUCACGCGAUGACUUUUUUCAAAACUCACGAAAAGUAGGCGACGUCGAGACGACAACUUUGAAUAUGUAUGAAUAUAAAACGCAAAACGGGCAGAUGUAUUUGACCCAUUAGCUAACUGAAUGCCAUAUUCUAUGUUUUCGCUUGAAGUGUGAACGCUCCAGGCACAAAGUUGUAUUCAUCCGGAAAACCGAACACAAAUGUAUAAAAUAUUUCACUUUGGAGGUGCAGAGCGAGGCCAGUGUACUUAAUUGGUUUUUUUUUUUAAACGUUUACGUCAAAUAGCGACAACGUGACACCCUCCCUUACGAAACUUGAAGUCCGCCGAAGGUUUUUAAAUGCCAGAAAGUGUUUGCAUUGGUCUUAAAAUAUGUAUCUUGCCACUCGUACAGUAGAUGAGGGCUUGAUUUUAUUUGUACAUAUGCUGGGAAUAACUCAUAACUUAAUGACUGAUAAGCGUGCAUGACCAGAAAGUGUUCAUUCCAAUGGGAAGAUUUUUUUUAAAUGUCCUCCUUUUCCAUUUAACAUUGAGCUGUACUGUAUUAUUUUGUGAUUCAAAUGUCACAAUAAACCGAUUUAUUAUUUUCAAA